AUGAUGAGUUUACAGGAAGAUUCCGCUAACCAUGACGGCCAGACUCUAAAUGAUCGAGUGGAGAAGCUCCUCAGCUUCAUUUACAAUCAUGAAGGCCUCGACGAGGCCCGAGGAAAUCCACACAAGAUUCUCGCCAUCGUGGACGAGUUUGCAAUUCAGAAUGCCAUGAUGAUAGUUGGCGGGCCUAAAGGAGAAAUUGUCACGGAGCUGAUCAAGGAAAAGCAGCCGAAAAUUAUGGUCGAACUGGGUUGCUACUUUGGUUAUUCCGCCAUUCUUUUCGGCGAUGCAGUUCGUCAGAAUGGAGGAGAACGCUACUAUAGCCUGGAACUCAACCCAGACUGGGCCGCAGCUGCGAGACAGCUCAUCGAGCUAGCUGGAUUGCAAGACUUUGUAGAAGUCAUUGUCGGUCGCAGCGACGUGAUUCUAGAUGAAUUCUACAGGAGUGGAAAGGUCACCAAUAUCGAGAUUCUGUUCAUCGACCACUAUAAACCUGCUUAUCUGACCGACUUGAAGCUGUGCGAGCACCACGGCAUGAUUGUUCCUGGUUCCUUGCUCCUUGCAGACAAUGUCAUUUAUCCGGGUAAUCCUCCAUACUUGGAAUAUGUUCGGAGCACAGUUGAGCAAAAGCGCGAGGUAGCCAAGAGUGGGCCACCGAAAGGCUACAACACCACAGGCUUACUGGAGCGAACUGUGAAGUCCUGGAUGCCCGCGGGAGAUGCGCCUUUCUUGGAGACGGUUGGAAACCCCAAUAUCGUAUACCACAGUGUGCUCCGGCAGCCAGAAGGCGAAAGAGAUGCAAUUGAAGUGACGCGCUGUGUUGGGGUCCAGGAAGCAUAG